GCUGUUCUGCAGGGGAUUAUUUUGCUGCCCCUCCGUGCCAUAUGUAUUGCAUUCCUUGUAUUGCUAGCAUGGCUGUUUGCAUCAAUUGCAACUUUCCGUCACCCUGGAAAAGGGUCUGUGCCACUUAAAGGAUGGAGAAGGAGGAUGAUCCAGACAACGCUCUCAUGCCUAACUCGUACCUUGUUCUUCGUAAUGGGUUUCCAAGUUAAAGUAAAAGGGAAAAUAGCAAGUCUACUGGAAGCCCCAAUUUUUGUUGCAGCUCCUCAUUCAAGCUUUUUUGAUGCCAUUAUUUCUGCCCUAACUGGAAUGCCAUCAAUAGUGUCUAGAGCAGAGAACCUAUCAACUCCAGUAUUUGGCACAAUUUUAAGUUCCCUUCAGCCUGUAUCAGUUUCUCGUCAAGACCCUGAUUCACGGAAGAAUACGGUUACCGAGAUAACUAAGCGGGCUUUAUCAAGAGGCCAGUGGCCACAGAUACUGAUUUUCCCAGAAGGUACCUGCACAAACCGAUCUUGCCUGAUCACAUUUAAACAAGGUGCCUUUGUUCCACGAGUCCCUGUACAACCUGUGUUGCUUCGAUACCCCAACAAGCUGGAUACUGUGACCUGGACUUGGCAGGGCUACUCAUUAAAAGAGCUGUGUGUAAUGACGCUGUGUCAGCUCUUCACAAGAGUAGAAGUUGAGUUUUUGCCUGUUCAUGUUCCUACUGAGGAAGAAAAGAACGAUCCCAUUCUUUUUGCCAACAGAGUCCGACAAACCAUGGCAACCGCUUUGAAUGUUCCAGUCACUGAUCACACUUUUGAAGAUUGCAGACUGAUGCUGACUUUACCCAUGGAAGCUGGGCUGGUGGAGUUCACCAAAAUUAGCAAGAAACUCAACCUGAAAUGGAAUCAUGUAAGAGAGCAGCUGGAUACCUUUGCUGCGAUUGCAAGCGCUUCCAAAGGGGGAAGAAUUGGAAUUGAGGAGUUUGCAGAGUAUUUGAAGCUGCCUAUUUCAGAUGUCCUCAAAGAGCUGUUUCUACUCUUUGACAGGAAUGGAGAUGGCACCAUCGACUUCAGAGAAUAUGUAAUUGGUUUGUCUAUUCUUUGUAACCCAGCCAACACAGAAGAGACUAUUCGGAUGGCAUUUAAGCUCUUUGACAUGGAUGAGGAUGGCACUAUAACGGAAGAUGAGUUUGCUUGUAUCAUUCAGUCAGCUCUGGGGGUGCCUGAACUUGAUGUUUCUAUGCUUUUCAAAGAAAUAGACGCAGAUGAAACCGGGAAGCUGUCCUACGAUGAGUUCAAGGACUUUGCCUUCAAGCAUCCAGAAUAUGCCAAGUUGUUUACUACAUACCUAGAGCUACAGAGAUACCAGUUAGACAUGUUGGAAGAGAGUGACAUUGCAUCACCUGAAGUCAAACACAGUCCAGUUAGAAAGAGUACAAUGUCAGUCUCAGAAACAACACCACUUGCAAGAAAUAAAGUCUGUCCUGAAGGCAAUGAAGAGGAUAACUCAAGUACCUCUGACAAAAAGGAUGACUGA